AUGGCUGAAAAUGAGGUCAAAGCCCGAAAAAAGUUAGAAGAUGCUGAGAAGAAGGCAAAGGGUGGAGGAGGAUUUUUCGGCAGCCUAUUUGGUGCUGGGAAAGCAGAAGAAGCUGCUGAUCUCUUUGUGCAAGAAGACAUUCCGAUUUCAAAAUUUGAUUUGAUAUGCGAAGAAAGUGGCUGUGGAAUGGGUUUUGAUGACAUUCUGUCCUUUGAAAAUCAUUAUGAACGAUUUCACAAACAUCAGUGUGCUGUUUGUGGUCAACAGUUUCCGAAUCUGCACUGUUUUGAGAUCCACAUUGACGAAGUCCAUUGUUCUAUAUUUAAAACUAGACGCGAUCGCGAUCCUUCUGCAGCCUUGUAUCGAUGUUAUGAGCCAAUGUGUUUGCAAACUUUUCUAAUUUCUGAAGAAAGAGAUCAUCAUUCUGAAAAAUUACAUAAUAUUAAGAAUCCUUCACUGUUUUUUGAAAGAAGGAAAUUGCCACGAAGGAUACAGUCUUUUCCAACACCAUUGAAUGAAGCCAACGUUAUUUCAUCUUCAUCUCGACGAAUACCUCGUGCAGUAGUUUUCGGUGACGAACAGAAGGACCCAACUUUCGAGUCUAAAGGAGCUGGAAAUCUGUUCAAAAUAUCGAAAUUGUGGAAAGAGGCUGGAGAUGCAUUUGUGAGAUCGGCGGAAUUACACGCGGCAGCAACAGAUCAAAAGCACGAUGUGGCUUCUAAUUACGCAGAAGCAGCGAAUUGCUAUCGUAAAGUUAAUCCACAGAAAGCGAUUGAUUGUUUGAUGAAAACAGCUGAGACUUAUACAGACAUGGGACGUUUUAAUAUGGCUGCGAAAUACCACUGCACAAUGGCAGAAAUUUUUGAAAGUGAGGCUCCAGAUAUGGCACAGGCUAUGACACAUUAUCAGGAAGCAGCGGAUUUUUAUAAAGGUGAAGAAAGUCGAAGUUCGGCUACUAAAUGUAUGAUUAAAGUUGCCCAGUACGCUGCACAGCUAGAAGAUUACAGAAGAGCAAUCAAAAUUUUUGAGGAGGUAGCUACAUGGGAAGCUGACCAUCCAACUUUAAAAUAUGCAGCGAAAAAUCAUUUUUUCCAGUCACUUCUUUGCUAUCUCUGUACAGAUCUGCUUGACACUCAAAAUGCAUUAAAACGUUACGAAGAAAUUUCUCCAUCUUUUGCAGAUUCUCGGGAAUAUAAAUUUGUCAGUGAAUUGAUAUCAUGUUUGGAAGACAAAAAUCAGGCAAAGUUUACUGAAACAGUAAAAGCCUUUGAUAAAAUCUCACGCUUGGAUCAAUGGCAUACAUCACUUAUGGUUAGAAUCAAGCGGUCUUGUGGAGAUGAGGAUGACGACGAUCUAAAAUGA